CACUUGGGUUACAGAGGUAUUCAGACUGUCUGGAAGAUCAUGACAGUUUGUUAAGUAGCCUCCUAGGUCCCACAAGUGCCACCGCUCUUUUCUCGCACCGUAUGUUUGAGAUGAUGAAUCAACUGAUACUCCCAUGCGCCUGUGCUACCCUUCUUCUACCCUUGUUCAUGUCGGUCUCAGGGUGGGACGCUAAGGUGUACACGAAACAGUUCUGCUCCGGAACCGGAAAACCGAUCACCGACGAAUCUUGCUUGGACAUGGCCUCUGGUGGAUUGAGAGCCUUGAGGACCUCGACUGAAAAAAUUUGCGUCUUCAUGGAGUCCCAGUGCAGCAUCGACCAGAAUGAUUGGGGAUGGUGUCAAGCGAAUAGCUGCUGUAACCUGGGAGCGGAUUUUGAGAACUUCACCUCAAUCGACACAUGUCCCUCUGACAGCGACCAAGGCAGAGCACUUGACACGAUUAUGGUGAGGAAUGAGGUCCCUUGAGUCCGCAGAACUGGACCCUUGCCUGAUUGGAAGAGGCUCUGAGCAACGGAGUACGUGGAGAAAAUGAUUAAAAAAAAAUGAGUGUCUAUUUUGAAUUUUAGAAACAAAAAAUUGUCUACGAUCGGA